AUGAGCAUCGACGCUGGCGGUGUUGCUCAAAUGACUUACCAGUCUCCCUUCAACAAUUCUAUUGGCGUUUCCGGCCCUGGUUUUGCUUCUCGAGGGAAAGGAUCCCAUAUCAAGCGUCUCAGCGUUGCACCUCCCUCCAAGAUCUCGACCAUCGACGAAACUCAACAGGCGAAUACCGUUUCCACGCCCCGCACUAGUCGGGGCCACCUUCUGGCUGGUCUACGUACAGCUCCCAAAUCUGCAACGGUACCUCCUGCUACCCAUGGCAUAGGUCUGGAAGGUAGCAGGUACGCCUCUGCGGGGUACGCCAACCAGGUACCGCAGACGGCUACUGGCACGUACUUUCCGGGAGGCAGGAACAAUUUGCAGAGCAACUUGCUGCAACCUUACUCGCGUCCUGAGCAUGUGCUUGCUCCUCCAUCUCUUGACUUCGUUGACGGAGCGGAGAAUAUGGAUCAGAAUCUGUACGAUGAACUGGUAGCCACGAAUAAUUAUCUUGCGCAACAGCAACGGGCUCUUCAACAGCAGCUGUUGAAUGUCACUGCUGCGGCCCAUCAACUUUCUGGACUCAACCUGAACACGGGCUUUGUGAACAACCUGGGCCAGCCGCAGUUUCAGUCUCCCAUCAGCUCUCCCAUGGGUCUGUACAAUCAACAAUUCCAGCAAGGCCUGCAACCCGUGGUUCACCCAGUCCCUGGUAGUCCUGGUGUCUUUACUGUCUACAAUCCGAUGACCGGGCAGUCAAGUUAUCUGGUCGACAAUUCCUAUCAGCAGCAGCAGCAACAGCGCCAGCAGAAAGAGGUUUCUCCCGUCCGUCAGAACAAUUCUGUUUCGCCCCCUCCUGUUACGCCAGCCUACCAGCGCCAGUAUCCUGAGCCGUCUUUCCCUCUGACUUAG